AUGGCGACGCUGGGUUCCGAGUCCCCUUGGACUGGAGGAAAACAAAGCAGUCGUAAUGGAAAUAUAAUUGCAAAGAUCAGACAGAGUCAGAUCGUAGGCCAGGGUUUCAGCCGAGGGACACAGGUAAGACAACUAGUGCGAUGUAUUGACAAUGAAAGGAUAUGAAAAGGGGGAGCACGACUCAAGCUGGGACUUGCGUUUGCAACCCAGAGAGCUACACUAUUACAGUAGCUAGCUCCACAGUAGCUGCAGGCAUACAUACACACACAGCAUGCCGGGAUGAAGUAGCUAGGUAGCUGUUUACCUGGCUUGUUGGUUAGGUGGCUAACAUUGGCUGGCUGUGUUACAAAAUAAUGUGUUAAUUUACAUGACAAAGUUGGAAUAUACACCGUAAACUAGUUACAAUAAAGUGCCAGCUGACAUCCUCCAUGUAGCCUGCACUAGCUAGCUAACGUUAACUCUUUCGUUGAUCCAGGAUGCCCGUUUUAGCUAACAAUUAGCUCGUUUGUUAACGUCUUGUUUCUAUUUGUACGCAUUUAUACAUUCAAUUGGCAUCUCUAGCUAGCUAUAUUACUCAUUGUUGUUAUAUUAGCUAGCUAACGUUAAAAUGUUGAGUUUGCUCAAUUGAAAGUGUGCACUGCUAGCUAACUCGCUAGCAGCUUAGUUUGGCUAAUAUUAACAUAACAGUUAGCUAACUUGGCAAGCUUGGUUAUGGCUUCAUCGGCGGAUUGGGAUCAAAUAAGCCAUUACAUUACAUUGUAUUUUGACAGGCUGUUUCUGCCAUCUAUCUAACUAGGGCUAAUACUGGCUGAACAGCACGGGUGAUUACGUAACGACACCGGGCGCCACUUUAGUUAACAUAAAUGGGUGCCGCCCAUUUGUGGACUGUGACUGGGCACAUAUAACAGGUAUUUUACCUAGUUAGCCUCCUUUGCUCAAAGGAAACUAUCAUUACUAGCCAGCUAAACCUUAAAGGCAAAAGUCUUUGUCGUUCCUGCAGUAUUGAAAAAAUCGAUUGUACCUUUUUUUGCAAUUAAUAUUGAGGAAAUGAUACUCAUUCAAAAUCAAUUGUUUACAAAUGGCUGCAGUAAACUAGUUUCAAGUUUUAAUGUCAAGUGCACAAGUACAGUGAAACGCCAAUGGUGGCGAUCUUCAAGCCACUCCAGCGGACGCUUGGCAUUGCGCAUGGUGAUCUUAGGCUUGUGUGCGGCUGCUAGGCCAUGGAAACCCAUUUUAUGAAGCUCCCGACAAACAGUUAUUGUGCAUUGCUUCCAGAGGCAGUUUAGAACUCUGUAGUGAGUGUUGCAACUGAAGACAGACGAGUUGUACAUGCUAUGCGCUUCAGCACUCGGCAGUUCCGUUCUGUGAGCUUGUGUGGCCUACCACUUCGUGGCUGAGACGUUGUUGCUCCUAGACGUUUCCACUUCACAGUAACAGCAAUUACAGUUGCAGAGCAGAAAUUUGACGAACUGACUUGUUGGAAAGGUGGCAUCCUAUGACGGUGCCACGUUGAAAGUCACUGAGCUCUUCAGUAAGGCCAUUCUACUGCCAAAGUUUAUGAAGAUUGCAUGGCUGUGUGCCCGAUUUUAUACACCUGUCGGUAACUGGUGUGGCUGAAAUAGCCGAAUCUACUAAUUUGAAGGGGUGUCCACACACUUUUGUAAAUAUAGUGUAGGUAGUCCUCUUAUCUAGGUGGGUGAGGGCAGUGUGGAGUGCAAUAGAGAUUGCGUCGUUUAUGGAUCUGUUGGGACGGUAUGCAAAUUGGAGUGGGUCUAGGGUGUCUGGAAUGAUGGACUUGAUAUGUGCCAUAACCAGCCUUUCAAAGCACUUCAUGAUUACAGAUGUGAGUGCUACAGGGCGGUAGUCAUUGUGCCAUGAAGCCUUAGAGUUCUUGGGUCAGUUUAAGAUUACAGACUGGACAAGGAGAGGUUGUAAAUGCCUGCCAGCUGUUCUGCGCAUGCUCUGAGAACACGCCCUGGAAUACCGUCCGGCCCUGUUGCCUUGUGAGUGUUGACCUGAUUAAAGACCUUACUCACGUCUGCCUCGGCGAGCGAGAUCACCCAGUCCUCUGGGUCGGUGGGGGCACGCACGGCACGGGGUUGUUAAUGUCGACGCAUACAUAAAAUGCAUUGACUUCAUCUGGUAGAGGCAUCUUUGGGCAGAUCACGGCUGGGUCUUCAUUUGUAAUCUCUGCCACAUGCUGCGGGCAUCGGAGCCUGUGUAAUAUGAUUCCACCUUAUUCCUAUAUUGUCCUUUUGCUCGUUUGAUGAAUCUGCGGAGGUCGUAGCGGGACUUCUUGUACUUGUUCCUGUCCUCAGCCGUAGCCUUUGGGUUGUCUGUGAUAGCCCUGUGUGCGGUAGCCCUGUCCUUUAUUUUAGCGCCAACCUCAGUGUUAAUCCAGGGUUUUUGAUUGGGGAAGCAGUGAACCUUCACUGUGGGGAUAAUGUCGCCGAUGCAUUGCCUAAUGAAGCCAGUGACGGAGGUGGUUAGCUUGUUGACUUUAUCAGCGGAGUCUCUGCACAUAUUCCAAUCAGCGCUGGCAAAGCAGUCCUGUAGCAUAAUCUCUGAUUCUGAUGACCAUUUCUCAACAGAGCGAGUCACGGUUACUUCCUGUUUGAGCUUCAGCUUGUAUACAGGAAGCAGGAGUACGGAGUCAUGAUCUGAUUUGCCGAAUUCUGUGGUGGUGGUUGGUGAUUUUUAAAUCCCCUUGAAUUGUAUAUGUGACAUGAAAAGCACUUAGCUCUAGAAUGAACCUUUCAGACUCCCUGCACAUCUAAUUCCAUUGUAGUGAAAUGUGACCUAUUCAACUCACUACCAACUUGCCCCAAAGGCCUGUGUUGCUCCACUGAUUCCAAUAAAAAGUCUCAAAUGGCAGUUUGAGCCUCAUUCAUAAUAAUUGAGCUAUGAGAACUGAAAGUUCUAUAUUGUGUUCCAUUUGUGAUGGAUUUCAGUUGGGCGUGAUUUGAAAUAACUUCAGACUUAACUCGUGCCAAGAGAUAGUAUCUGCAACUGGAAUUAGGAGAGGAUGUGUUUAUUUGGCACCAACAUCGAAGACCUAGACUUUUAUUUAAUCUGAUUUGAGGUUGUGUGGGUGUGCGGAGGGUAGAGUAAAGUUAUCAACUGUCUGUGUUAUUUUGACAGGUAACAUACUAGAUACAUUUUCUAAGCUGUCUAUGUAUAUUUCCUGUAUUGACCAUUAACUAAUUGUGUUCCAGCUCCCAGAGGCUCUUCUCCAGGAGAGGGAUAAGCGGGCUAAAUGGCACGGUAUCCCCAAGCUGCUGCAGAAGCUCCAUGAGAGCAGCCAUCCCAACAGUGACCUCUCCCACACACAUAGUGUACUAAAGGUACCCACAUAAUAUACACACACACCUACAUCAGCAAAGCUCCUAGGCUUUAACCUUGCUGAGUUUGGGCCAUUUACUCUAAGAUUAAGACUAGGCCUAAUUAUCGGUUCUUUGUUACAGGAACUAUCCUCCCUACUUUCCAUGGAGGCGAUGUCUUUUGUCACAGAAGACAGGAAGAGUGCUCAGGAAUCCAUCUUUCCCAUCACAUACACAUUUGACCUCUUUGGUGGAGUAGAUGUAAGUUAACAUACUGUUUAUUAUGCGCUUUUCACUCCUACAGUGGGAAAAACAAGUAUUUAGUCAGCCACCAAUUGUGCAAGUUCUCCCACUUAAAAAGAUGAGGCCUGUAAUUUUCAUCGUAAUACUUAUUUUCCACCAUAAUUUGCAAAUAAAUUCAUAAAAAAUCCUACAAUAUGAUUUUCUGGAUUUUCUUUUCUCAUUUUGUCUGUCAUAGUUGACGUGUACCUAUGAUGAAAAUUACAGGCCUCUCAUCUUUUUAAGUGGGAGAACUUGCACAAUUGGUGGCUGACUAAAUACUUUUUUUCCCCACUGUAUGUUCUGUGUUGUGGUGGAAACUUAUCAAUUACCAGUUUGAAUGUCUUGAAUCAGCCAUGUUACCCCAUACUGCAGUGUCUUGUGUAUCAGUGCCUUCUGAGAUAUUAUCAGGUGAGAUAUGUUUGUUCAUUGCCGCUUCUUUUUCCUCCAAUCAAAGCUGCUUGUAGAGAUCUUGAUGAGGCCUACACUCACUAUGCAGAAGAAGAAACCUAAAAGUAAGCAGAAAAAGUCAGGUCUGAUAUAACCUCAAAGGCGGCACUUUUCACCUAGGGGAACAUUGAUAUUCAUGAGUGUGUAAAAAAGGUAUACCCAAAUGCGCUUCAGCCCAGCUUAAAUUAAAAAAGGGGGAUCAGGUGCUCAACUGAGGGACUUGAAAAUCCAAAAAACAUUCCUUACCCCAGGAUACUUGAACUGGUGACUAUCCGGGAGAAUAAAGAACAUUCAUUGUGUUUUGUCCCUGCAGUGAAUGAUGACUUGGUCAAUGACUGCCUUAGUGUUCUUUACAACUGCUGCAUAUGUGUAAGUACCCUUGCUGCAGAACAUCACUUAAAAUAAAAAAUAAAGGAAUCAUGUCUGUCUUUUCAUAUGAACAUUCAUUAAUCAUCAAAUCUCUCCCCUAAUUUUCUCAGACGGAGGGGGUAACAAAGAGCCUUGCAGCCAGAGAAUACUUUGUCCUGUUUCUCUUCACCUUGAUGACGAACAAGAAGACUUUUCUACAGACUGCCACUUUAAUCGAGGAUAUUCUCGGAGUCAAGAAGGUCAGAGGAACUUUACAACAAAAUCUUGUACGAUAUUGCUCACCUCAAGAGAGUUUGUGGGUUUGCGCUGGGUAGAGAUUUUGUAUCCAUGAUCAUGUUAUGCCAAUGGUGACCAAUAUGUUGGUCCUCUUUCUGCCACAGGCGAUGAUCCAGUUGGAGGGGAUUGCUAACCUGUCUGGUCUGGUCCAGAGUUUUGACCAGCAGCAGCUGGCUAACUUCUGCCGUAUCCUCUCCAUCACAGUCUCAGAACCCGACAUGGGGAAUGACGAGAAACACACCCUGCUGGCCAAGAACGCCCAGCAGAAACAAAACGCUAGCCUCUCACAUGCAGAGGUCAACCAAAGUAGGACAGAGACACAGAAACACAGUGGAGAAAUUACGUUUUUCUUUAGCUCAAUUACCCUUUCUUAUGGUCUUGUUAAAGGAUUGGUUUGAUUCAUCUGUUGAUUUGUAGUACUUAUUUUAUUUGAUACCCUUAUUCUGUCAAAAAGUUUUCUCAGCGCUUAACCUAAAACUGUUGUAGAGUACAUGAUCAAUGAAUGAGCCCACACUGCCUCCCUGUCCCCAGUGACCCUCCUAAACAUCCCUGGCUUCAUCGAGCGCCUGUGUAAGCUGGCCACCAGGAAGGUGUCUGAGGCCACAGGGACGUCUAACUUCCUGCAGGAGCUGGAGGACUGGUACACGUGGCUGGACAACGCCUUGGUGCUGGACGCCCUCAUGCAGAUGGCCACGGAGGAGGCUGAGCACACCAGCACAGGUCAGCAGCCUCUUUCCUGCUCUGUACCACUGCCUUAAACAUCAGUUAUCUCUGAAAAUGCUUAUUUAUAGUACUAUACAGAAAUAUCCUGGACAUCUCUGUUGUCAUCUCGCCUCUGUUGUCACCUUAGAGGUCUUCACAGAUCCACCUGUAACCGAAUACCCGAUACCCGAUCCGGGACCCAGAAUUCAAAAUAAUGUCACAGGUCUGGGUCAGAUCUGAUAUGAAUGUCACGGGUCUCGGGUACGUGUAAUUUUAACUGACUUGUCUGGAAGGGCCCGCACAGAUUUGAAUGUGACUGCUGCACUAGAGAGAGAGAGAGAAAUUGUAUAAUUUUAUGCUGCUGCUCUUGCUUUUCAUGAGAGUGGCGCGUGUAGCUUGUUGUUGGCCAAUCAUAAGUAAUCAAAGCGGCAAUAGGCUACAGUCAUAGAGCCUCUGUGUGGUAAAAGUUAGGAGAUAUCUAGUCAGGAUAAGCUACAACGACCAAGAGCCAACAGGCAGGCUGCUACUUAAUAUUCUGAAUGGAGUUGUUGUUAUUUGUAACUACAGGAUGAGAAAGCGCAUGCACUGCAGCCUCAAUUAGCCUAGCUAGCUAACGUUAGCUAGCUUAACUAGCUUCUCCCAGUUUGAUGCAGUCAAGACAGGUACUACGUAAUCAUAUUAGAUGACAAAUAACCUAGCUAUGGCAGCUAUUAGUCUACUAUAGCGCGAGUCAGCUUGGUUGCUGUCUCUCCCGCCCUGCUCCCCAUGUCACUCGCUCAUGGUACGGCCCCUCCCCUGCCUGGUAGAGCAGCACCUCGCUCUCCCUCCUCAUGCUUUAUCAUCUCCGGGUAAUAAAGUAGGUUAAAAAAUGAUUUUUCUGCUGCUUACCACACUGAUCGGACCGGGUCUGUAUCCGACCAGGUCUAUACGGAAUGGGUCUCUAUAUUUAAAAAAUAUAUUUAUGCAUAUCAGGUCCGGGUGGGAAAGCCCCUGGUCCAUUUCAUGAAGACCUGAAGACCUCUCCGUCACCUACCCUUGUACCUCUGUCGAUCUAUGAACUUCUCAUUUAAUUUUUUUCAUCCUAUUGUGCCUCCUCCACAGAGUUGUCAGAUGAGAGUUCGUUGGCCACCAGUCCUCUCAGGCACCGUUUGCCCCAGUCCAUGAAGAUCGUCCAUGAGAUCAUGUACAAGGUGGAGGUGCUGUAUGUGCUCUGUGUGCUGCUUAUGGGUAGUCAUAGGAACCAGGUGAGGAGCUGGGGGCCAAAACAGACAACUCACCCAAUGCAGGGCUCUCUCAGGAGUAGCCACUCCUGUCUUUUUGCAUGUAUUUGACCACUGUGUCUCUUCCUCAGGUACACAAGAUGCUAGCAGAGUUCCGUCUGAUCCCAGGUCUCAACAACUUGUUUGAUAAGCUGAUCUGGAGGAAGUACACCUUGUCCAAUCACGUGGCGCAUGGCCAGAAUGAGAACUGUGACUGCAGUCCGGUAAGCAGUGCACACAUCUCUCAAUGAGCUGUCACUGGAUGUUUUUUUAAAAUUCUUGCUCUGGGUUCAUAUUACCAUUGCAGUGUUAUACAUUUUUUAAUAUCAAUCACUCUGAUUCUGUCCUUCCCUUAGGAAAUAUCCUUCAAGAUCCAGUUUCUGAGGCUUCUCCAGAGCUUUAGCGACCACCAUGAGUGAGUAACCUUCAAACAGUCUCUCUGACUGAAAGUUCCCUGCUAGCUUCACUUGAAGUUAACACAUAACAUUUUAAUUUAUUUAAGGAACAAGUACCUGCUUCUAAACAGUCAGGAGCUAAACGAGCUGAGUGCCAUCUCUCUGAAGGCCAACAUACCGGAGGUGGAAGCCUUCGUCAAUACAGACAGGUAUGCAUAAUCUGGUCCUAUCAUCUGUUCCCAUCAUUGACUCCACCCUCAAUACGUCACACUACAGUGCAAAAGAGGCAUUAUGUUCUUUGAAAACUCAAAUGAAAUACCAUAUUGUGUGUCACACUAUUGCCCUCUCCUUGUGCUCCUGCAGGAGUCUAGUGUGUGAUGGGAAGAAAGGUCUCCUCACGCGUCUCCUCACUGUCAUGAAGAAGGAACCUCAAGACUCCUCCUUCAGGUUCUGGCAGGCCAGGGCAGUGGAGAGUUUCCUCCGUGGAGCCACCUCCUAUGCGGACCAGAUGUUUCUGCUGAAGAGGGGGCUGCUAGAACACAUCCUGUUCUGCAUCAUAGACAGUGGCUGUAAGUCCAAAGAUGUCCUGCAGAGCUACUUUGACCUGCUGGGGGAACUCAUGAAGUUCAACAUCGACACCUUCAAGAGGUUCAACAAAUAUGUCAGCACAGACGACAAGGUGAAGGUGAAACCCUUUAGUAAAUAGCAACCCCCUCAAUGUGAGAGGACCCUGUCAGUCCUCUCAUUGUCCCAGAAAAUGCAUGAAAUAAUGCAAUAUAGAUUAUUAUAGUCAACCUUUUAAAAGUCAUUACAUUUUACAUUUUAGUCAUUUAGCAGACGCUCUUAUCCAGAGCGACUUACAGUUAGUGAGUGCAUACAUUUUCAUACUGGCCCCCCGUGGGAAACAAACCCACAACCCUGGCGUUGCAAGCGCCAUGCUCUACCAACUGAGCUACAGGGGACUGGGGAAAGUCAUCUCAUUGUACCCAGAGUUGUGUGUGUUCUAUAAUGCUGUGUGUCUCAUCCCUCUGUUCGGCUCGGCUGCAGUUCCAGACCUUCAUGACCCAGAUCAACAGUUCCCUGGUGGACUCCAACAUGCUGGUGCGCUGCAUCAUCCUGUCCCUGGACCGCUUUGAGAGUCAGACAGAGGACGUAAAAGGUAAGCACCCACUGAUUUCCAUAGCAAGUGAAUGGACCAAUGAGAGAGGGUCAGAUGUAUGAUCUCAUGCUGCCAAUGUUGGAAUGAAGUCAAACCUUGAGUGCAUUAUAAUGGUGUUGUUCCUGAUGUAAUUGUUGCCGACUGUGGUCCUGCAGUGGUGGAAGUGCUGUCCGAAUGCUGUCUGCUGUCCUUCUUGGCCCGGGUAGAGAACAGACUUUCUUUCCUCUUCAGGCUGGUCAACAUCAUCAACGUGCAGACUCUCACACAGGUCUUGCCUCACACUUUCUCACAAACACCAAAACCAACGCACACACACACAAAUCAGCCCACGAGAAAGAAGAAAAAUGGACAACCUUUAGCCCUUGAUCAUGACUCUGUUACAUUACAUUACACACAAGUCAUUGGACGAAGACGUCUUCUGUACGGGGGAGUUUUGUUAAGACCCCCGACGCCCAAUCUGAACAUUAACACGCGGUACGGUUUUGGAUUUAUAAGGACCUUAUCUUUCAUAUCAGUGAUUAUUGACGUUUCUAAAAGUUGAAACAGUGUCAGGAUUGUAGUUCACAUGAGGUGGUCGUGGGCAAAGCUAAUGGCAGAAAACUGUAGGGAGAAGGCAGACUGCCACCUAGAGUUUUCGAGAGCAAGACAACCUUGUACCUCUCUUUUAAGAUUAAUGAAGCCUCAGUUCUGAGGGUUAGAGGCUGUUGUUCUCCCACAUGUGCUGCUGACCUGUCCCCUCUGCCCUGCCCACCCCCUGGCCCAGGAGAAUGUGAGCUGUCUGAACACCAGCCUAGUGGUCCUGAUGCUGGCAAGGAGGAGGGGCAAGCUGCCCUUCUAUCUCAAGGCCCUGAGAGAGAAGGAGCAUGCAGAGAAGUACCCCGGCUGCCUGCUCAACAACUUCCACAACCUGUUGUGCUUCUGGCAGUGUCACUACCUCAACAAGGACAAGGACAGCACCUGUCUGGAGAACGUGAGUGUCCUCUUCUUGGCCUGCUCUGUCCCAAACAGGGAAACACCGUCAAACUCACCAAUAGUUUAUUGUACGUUCAAAAUAUUUUUCCUACAAAUGUUAUGUGCCCACCCGAUCAAGCCUGCUUUCUCCACUACACUAUCUUGUUGCAGCCUGUAGACUGGCUGGCCUGUCAUUAACUAGCUCCAUAAAUUAUAAUAUGUUUUCAUUAGGCAGUCCACCACCUUUUGUUUAAUAAAAACAAAUACGUUUUCUAAUGAGAAACUUUUCUGUAGAAACCAUUUCUGGUGUUGUGCAAACAAUGUUCAACUUGACAUCUUUUAAUGCUCCGAAGUAGCCCUUUCCAGUCACAAACCGUCAUCCCGUAUACAGGUUGAAAAUGGCAGAUGUCAUUGAUACUUGCCUAAAUUGGAAUGCAGUAGCUGGUACAGUAACAUACUAUACAUGACGUCAGGGCUCAGGCUCUUCGCUUCACAUCACUGUAUGGGUUUUGACUGACAGCCGUAAUAAACUUGAGCACCGUGCACGACAAGAAGAUGCCCCCAUUCCUUCCGCUAAUUAGGCUACUUUUGCACACACAUUUGUUGUUGCCUGAGUGAGGGAACUGCUGUAAAUCAAGAGGAGUCAAUGUGUUCUGAAAGUUGAGACGUUGAGGAUUAUAAGAAACACUGCUUUGAUGUCAAUGUCAUACAAGCAAACCACACCCAUGAGUCCAAAUGUGCACUUCACAUUUCCAUAUUUUAAAAUAUGUACAGUAUUAAUGUUUAUGAUCGCUAUGCUUGAUCCACAGUUAUAAGCAUGACAUGGCGUCAUGCCCUGGGUUGUCCUGAAGAGAAUGAGCAUAUGUUUGUCGUAUUGUGAAGAAAAUCAGCCACGGAACACGCACUUGAAUGCACUCAUGACUCCAUUCUAUGUGCACCAAAAUUACAUUCUGUUUGUCUGAAGUGCCUUUUGAAAGCCUAAUACUGUAAGAUCGUAUUUUAUAACUUAGCUAGCCAUGUUGGCAAUAGAAUAAGCUUUCAAAUGAUGACCAACUGACCCAGAUCGCAAUUUAUAAUGGAAUGUUUUUGGAUUGCGCAAACAACAGUAAUUGUGUGAUGGUUGGGACGCAGGAGCUGUGUUCCAAACAAAAAGCUAAAAGAGUGCUUGCUUCAGUUCCUCAAUGGCAAAGCUAGGAGAGCUCAAAAAAGCACCUUAAAGUUGAAGGCUCUUUCCUUGAGUCAUAAAAGUGCAUUGAAAUGACUUAGGAACUGUGCACAGUUUGGAGAGGUGUGUGGCCACUUGGAGACACCAGUUGGACCUCUCACUCAAACCCUUGUCAUUGUUUUGUCAUAUCUUGCACCUACUCCAAAAUGUCAAUUAGUUUACUUAUGUUACUGAAUGUAUCUAUGGUAUUUUCAGAUUUCGUUAUUGACAAAUGCUGUGAAAAGUACAGUAAAUGUAAAAUGCACAUAAAAUCAACAAUGUAAUGUUUGGAUUCAGUCUUGUCAGGUGAACUGUUGUCCUCACCUUUUGGUCUGAUAAUUUCCCCAUAAUAUCCAAAGUGUUCUCUUUCAAUUGCUACCAUAGUCAUGCAUAUGCUUUUUAUAGUUCCUCAGUUAGAAACAUUUAAAUUUAGCCCUAUCCAUAUAGGACCAUUUCCACGAGUGUAGGGGGUUAAUGGAGCAUGUAGCUAGCUAGCUACAAUUCCCACGUGGGGCCAGUAUAAAACAAAAAAAGAGAACUAACUCACUAACUGUAAGUCGCUCUGGAUAAGAGCGUCUGCUAAAUGACUAAAAUGUACCGUAAAUGUAAUUCAAAAGGUGAAAAAUGUGGGGAAGUGAGUUAAUCUGAUCUGUCUUUGCCCAGAGACUGGGGGUCUUCUUAGUAGGCGUUCUAGAUGUUUGCGGGCAGAGGAAAGUUUAACAUCAGGAUUUUUUAAAACCAUGAACGCACAUCCCCUUCUCCUCUUUGGGGAAAUUGUCUUUCACCAGUCUAACGCUCUGUUUGGUUCUCUCCCUCAGAGCUCCUGCAUCCCCUUCAGCUACUGGAAGGAGACAGUAUCAGUGCUGCUGGGGUCAGACAGGACUUCUCUGUGUGCCAUAGCCAGCUACAUAGAUGAGCCCUUCAUGGACCUAGACAGGGACCUGCUGGAGUAUUAACCCUAGGAGAGUUUGGGCUGGGCUUUUGGGGGGUUGCUGGGGUAUGGACACCUAUCAUGGGUGAUGCACCCGCCAGAGAGCAUAGCCAGAUCAGGGGUCACCCAGCGACCUGGAAGUGCUAUGUGACUGCGGCUGGACACCGACUCGCCGCUAUGCUGUCUAUAACUUGGCCAGGAGGCCGUUACUGAAGAUGAGAGUGGUGAUUCUACGAUCCUGGGCAUCUUCACUCCUUUUCUCUUUGGAGGAGAAGAAGAGAGACUGCACCUGUCUGUCUGUCUCAUACCCCACAUUAAAUAAAUAUACAUUUAUUGGACCUUGAAAUACUCCUUUGUUGGUGGUUUGCUUUAGGUGAAAUCAAAUGGAACCUUUUAUAUAUUACAUAAAUAUAUGGAAAUAUAUAUAUAUAUAUAUACGAUGCAACAAAUGAGAUAGAGAGAGAGAUAUAUACUGAACAAAAAUAUAAACGCAACAUGUAAAGUGUUGGUCCCAUGUUUCAUGAGCUUAAAUAAAAGAUCCCAGAAAUGUUCCAUACACACAAAAAGCUUAUUUCUCUCCAAUUUUGUGCACAAAUUUGUUUACAGCCCUGUUAGUGAGCAUUUCUCCUUUGCUAAGGUAAUCCAUCAGGUGUGGCAUAUCAAGAAGCUGAUUAAACAGCAUGAUCAUUAGAGAGUUGCACCUUGUGCUGGGGACAAUAAAAGGCCACUCUAAAAUGUGCAGUUUUGUCAACACAAUGCCACAGAUGGCUGCUCAUCAUGACUGAAUGCAGAGGUGGCAUCAGUCUUGUCCAGUGUUCUUUUGAAUGAACAGCAUCUUCACUGAUCUGUAUGGAUGUUAGUCUGUCUCUUUUAGGAUGAAUCUAGUUGACAAGUGCUUGUGGCUUUACUCAGCCUGUCCAGGUAGCUUGUGGAUAUGUUGAUGGUUCACGUUAUAUUGGGCCAUGUGGUGGGUGAGAUGGGGCUUUGGAUGGGAGUACCACUCACCAGAUGCCGCCAACCCAUCCAUGACUUCACCCAGUGACAAGGAACAUUUUUCCUUUCUGUUUUUCAGACAUUUUUGUUUGCGUCUUGUUAAGAUAAUUUAUUUAAGUUCUAAAUAAACUGUAGAGAAAAAAUUGCACAGUUGUAAUUGUGUUAAUUGUUUAUUGUAUUUUAACACUUGUUUUGUUUAUUGUGAUGAAAAAUACAUUGUUUUCAUUUUGUAUCAGACUUUGUAUCCAUCAAAUUAAAGGUGGUUUGAUAGAAUAAUAAACUAUGCAGGUUCUCGUGUUUAAACCCACUCUCUCUGUCCCAGACACUUCUGACAACGGUUCCAUUUUACAUUUGAGUCAUUUAUCAGACACUCUUAUCUAGAGCGACUUACAGGAACAAUUAGGGUUAAGUGCCUUGCUCAAGGACACAUCGACAGAUGUUACUGGCCCAACGCUAUUAACCGCUAUGCAACCUGCCGCCCUAAGGUUCCUUAAAACCUCUAAGCAUGAAUGGCCUUCAACCAAACAGCCACGCUGUGCUGCAUCACUUGAUUGUUCCUCCCCCAGUUGACCACUAAACUCGUGACUUCUCUUCUCUCACCACAAGCCUAGACUUUGACAAUCUUCAUCCGUCUUUGUGUGAUGAUUCUGUGCUUGGUGUCACCUCUAAUGUGAUUGGCUAUAGGGGGAAUGGGUGUGGUCAUGUUGCUAUGGCUAGACUGUGCUGACGUUGCCGUGGAAAUGGAUGCUGAGCUGUGUAAGCAUUUUGCAUCUCUCCAACAAAAGAACGAGAAUCCAAGAAAAUGACUAAUGAUUGAGCUACCUCAUUCUUCAACCCAGCACCAUAUGGAUUGAACCACUUGUCACUCACAGUGUGUCGAAAUGGAACUAAUCAUGUAAAAAAUAUAUAUAUUCAACCUCUUUGAUUGUUCACUUGAAUGAAUGUAUAAAAGCAAUCUGUUCAUAAUCUGGUUUGCCCUAAUGGAAAAAGUUGGUAGUGCUACAUGACCACAUGCUUUACUAUGAUGUGUGUUUUCACAGCGUUUGGCUUCUUUACCUUCCUACACUUCACCACUACUUCAUGUGGAUGACUUGUGUUGAUGUAAAUCAUGGAUGGAGCCUGCAAUGUUCAUAAAAGUUAUACUGGUUCAGCACCAUUUACGUCCUGUGUGUCCAGUUUUCUCUGCUUUUAGUGUUUGGAACAGAACUUACCGUGAGAACUGCAUGCAUGUUCCACGCUCUACCAAGAGACAUGAUUGCCUGUGGAAGCCCAUAUUGUCCGUUUUCUUAUUUGGCAUCUGGUGCAGAGUGGAUGACCUACUUAAAAAAUAUGGUCUUAAUGAAUUGUGAGAUCUAACUUUAAAAAUCUAAUGCACAAUACUGUUUCUAAUACUAGCCCUCCUUAACAGCCAUAAAUAUGUAUUGUUGAAACAUUGUACAUAUAGUUGGUUUUGUGCAGAUUUGCUUCACACUAAGAAAUGAAGGACACUUCAGAAGCAGGCUUCAUACUCUACAUCCAAUACAUGUUUAGAAACAGUUAAAGGUCUGACUUGAUAUUUUGAUUACAUUUCUAAUUGGUGCUUCAUUAUUUGAAUUUGAAUGUACUACCCUUAUUAGUUUCCUUUGUUUGACUCUGUGUGUGGUCUAACUGAGUGACUGGGUUAAAAAGCAUGAUGGUGUGUGUAUACCUAGAGAAAUUUGAUCAGCAAACCUGUAUCAUUUAGACUUUAACAUGUUUUCUGAAACAUGAUCAAAUAAUUUUUGUAUGUGUAGCUUUUGCUUUGACAUUGGAUAUUGGGGUGGUAAUCAUAUGAACACUUGUUUGUAAUUCAAAAAUAUCACACUGGAGCCAUCUGUACCUAGGAAGUGUUUAGUGUGCAUUGGACUUAUCUUACACACACACACCACUCAAUCCUGACUCAAAGUCCACCAUCUUCCCCCUAGGAUUCCAUUUUCCACCCUUUUUGUUAAUCUAAUGUUGAACUUCAUUUGUUUAUUUAACAGUCUUGUUUGUGAAUU